GGGGUCGAUGGGUUGAUGGUCGACGGUCAUGAAUUUUGUGUAGUGUGCUAUAGCCAGCAAGUCAAGUGGAACAUUUUUAAGAGACUAUCGAAAGGGAGAGAGUGUGAGAGCAUAGCAAGUUGCUAGAAAGUUUUUCGAAUAUUUGUGCUGUAUGCGCUAAUUAAAUAGAUCACUGGGAGUGUAAACACAACCUAAUGCUUUGUCAUAGUAGGGGGUGGUUCAAGUGAGUCAAGGCAAAGUACAAAUAUACAUACAUACAUAUGUAUAGGUACGAAUAGCAACUGCAGAGAGCGAGAGCGUAUGCGGUUGUCGGCAAUCAUAUGGAAUAGCAGGAGGAGUAAUUAAGCGUUUGAUGGUCAAACUCGCUACAUAUGUACAUGUACAUUAUAUGUAUCGACAUAUGAGUAUUACGUGCCACGGGAAUGGCAAUAGAAGCAAAGGCAACAGCAAUAGCGCCAGCAGCAGCCAGCUGUGGUUAGAAGUAGCAGCAGCAUCAGCAGCAGAAAUUAAAUCAUCGUAGAAGUGAGGCCAACUAUGCCGCCGCAUAAUUAAAUCGAAGAGUCAUAUCAUACAAUCCAACGUAUUUGAUUGUUGAAGGGAUUUACUCAAAAGAAGACAUUUGGUUAAACAUAUAAAUUAAAAAAAUUCCAAACAAAUCAAUUACAAUAAACUAGAAACUCUAUUUUGAUUUAAUGCAAGUUAAAUAAAUGUUUAGAGUGGAGAUUUUAUGGAAAACUGGCGUAUUUGCAAAAAGAUAUAUAUAACGAAAAAUCAAAUGCCAAGAAUGCUGAGUGAGUGGGAGCGCAUAGUGAAAUUUUGUGAGAAUCGCAAAUAUUGACGUAAAUUGAUUUACAAGCACGGAAGCACGGAUAUAUGCAACCGAUUAGCAAAAUUAUUUUCUGAAUUUAUAAAUAAAAUUUACCGAUCAUUACCAAAUCACGCGAUUUUUGCGUUAACGGGUGUGAUAAAUAUUAACAACGUCGGUACCAGCGGCUGAUAUGCAUAUGCAUGUAUGUAUGUACCUAAUGCAAACGUACAUAGCACGUACAUAUUAAGCUAGUGAGUAUGCAUAUGUAAACAUGGUUGCAUAGAUACACAAACAUUUAAAAACUGUAAAAUCAAACUUAAUUGCUAUCGAUAAAUUAAAACUUUACCAUUUUGCUGAGUUAAACAUUUAUCUGCUAUGACUAUUACAAAACCUAUUAUUCCAACAACUGCAAGAUGAUUACAAAAAAAUAUGCGGCGGUAACGAGUGAUUGAGACCCUGCUGUGCAGCAUACAUAAAAUACAAUACAGCGUGAAAAAGGCACUGGCAGCAUUUGAUGAGGAGAAAGUACAUGAAUGUGAAGAUUACGAAAUGGAAAAUAUAAAACAUUAAACGCAAGUCGCAGCAAUUUGUGUGCAUACAUACAUACAUAUCAUAAACAAUUAGAAACAUUCACAACAGAUUAGUAACAUAAACAAGAACAGCGGCAGCAGGAAAAACUUUGUACAGCGUGAUAACACAAUCUAUGUAAACUAUAGCAUUGACUGCAAACAUGUACACAGUUAACAGCAAAGACUAGAAAUCUUAUCAGUCGCAGUCCACAAAAACUGAACAGCAACAGGAAACAAAAACUGCAUUGAUAGAUUGACAGUUGAACCUUUACCCGCAACGGCAGCAGAAAACGCAUUCAGAUUAUAAAAAUUCAAACAGUUCGACAUUUUGAUAAAUCACUUAUUCACUGGAUUUUCAUGAAAUCCUAAAGAUUAACUUAAUCUUGUGCGCAAAUUCGGGGAAAAAACUUCUACACCGAGCAAACUCAUUAUGAUUCAACGAACACUGUGCGCUCAUAAUACAACAAAUACAAACGCAUGGCAAGUAGUGAGUUAUAAUAAAAAGGCACAAUCGAAAACCCUUUCUAAGGCAAAAGGAGGAGGUGGUGGAAGCACCGACAAAUCAAAUACGCAAAUUAAAAAUAUAACAUUAAAUAAGAAUACGCAAGCAAUAACAAAAUCACAAACUAAUGUCGCAUUGCUUGCGAGAGUAACAGCGAAUAAUCAAAAGAUCUCAAGGACGAAAACGUCAACAAAUCAACGAGGAAAUUUGGCGCACUGUGCCGCAGCCGCCGCCACAAUCAAGCAGGCGACAACACCCACAGUUGGCAAAAUAAAAACGAAAGUUGGCAGCGUGCCAACUCAGCAGCAGCAGCAGGCACAACAACAACAACCAAAUUCACAGCGCCAUCAACAGCUACCGCAACAAGUACAACGGCAGCAGUCGCCUUUGUUGCAUAUCCGUCGUCGACGCGCAAAUCAAGAGAUCCGCCAAAUUAAACGCGCACACCGCCAUCUAUUGACCAGUGGCGGUUGUGACUGGCAGCACCAACAAGCGGCCAAUAGUUCGUCAACAGGUGUGGCAACCUUGCGCACCCGUAAUCGGUUUGGGACCAAAUGCAUUACCAAAUUCGGUUUGGGAACAAAAGCACUUCCGGUAGAAGUCAAGUGUCAAACGAAGAACAGCUGUUUAGCGACAAAGAAGAAACAGCAAAAGUACCAGCAGUCGCACCAACAAAAACAGCAGCAAAAUCAGCACCAACACAAGGCAAAAUUGCAAAAUUUCAUGAAAAAUGCCCACAGUGGCGGAGGAGCAGGUAGUUGCAGUAGCAGUAGUAAAAAACAAAAUCCACCAAAAGGUAAACAACCAUUAAAUAGCGUACAUGAACUAAGCAAGCACCUUGACGAAACUUAUGCAGAGUCUGUAAUUUCAUCGCGUUGGGACUCGAUCGAGGAGCAAUUAAAUUAUCUGGAUAAGCUGCUAUAUUACUGUGAUGACGAGCAGGAUGCUUGCAGUGUUCGGAAUUCUAGUGUAAGCAAACUGUGCGAUAGCAACGGGGAGGGGGCCAAAUCAGUUGAGGUUUACUACGAAGGUGACGUUGACGACGACUACGAGAGUGACUGGAGUGUUGAGUGGAGCGAUUCAGAUAUGUCAACUGGAGCAAAAGGUUCGGAAGAUGCAGACGUGCUGUCCACUACAAGUGGCGCUGGUUCUGCAUCUACAACGACCACAUCACCAUUGGUGCCUUCCACGCUUAAGCGACGCGGACAUCAGCACCACCCGCGUUUUUCAGGUACACGCCGUCCCAAUAUUCCCAAAGUUCAAGAGAUACUCGCUGCACUUUAUCGCGGCGAUUCACAGAGUGUGCUCACGAAUCUACGUCAAGCAGCGCAAGCUGUGCAAGAAGAUAACGCUGCGGCUGGCACCGGCAGCGAUGUUGAAACUGUUUCGUCCACAAUGGGUGACUUACAAUAUACAGAUGAGCCCGAUGAAGAGCUAGAUUUGCAGCCUACAAAGCCCACAGUGCUCAAUUUGCCACUAACAGAUUCGGUAACCAACUCGAUGGGCAGCAACAGCCCAACACCGACAGAUGACAGCAGUAUGGUGGAUGAAGGUGUGGUAAGCGCACAAACGCCCACAAGCACUACUGCAGCUGAGAGUGUGACUCCAAAAUCACAAAAAAGUAAAUCUAAACGUGAUAAAGCCGAGAAGGCAGAACGUUCGGAUAGGAAAAGGAAAACGAAGAAAGAUAAAAGUAAGCGCGCUUCCACUUGUUUAGACGCAGAGGGUAAUAUAACUAGCUCUGCUGACGCGAAUGCAGCAGCAGAUGAAGGUAUUGCAAUUGAUGAUGAUGAUGUGCAAGCGGCCGAGUGGGCUAAACUGCGUUGCACCAGUGAAGCUGCUGAAAUCGUAGCAGAACGUGAAGCGCGGCGUAAUAAAGGGCGUUGUGCAGACUAUCCGGGCCUAGCAUUUGGACGGUCCAUAUUUAGUUCGGAUACUAUGAUGAAGUUCAACAUUAUACGUAACGAAUUACAUAACAUCAUGAAAACGCAGCUCAAAAGGGCUGAAUCAGAAGUAGCAGCAUUGAACCGUCGCAUUCAAUUGCUCGAAGAAGACUUGGAACGUUCAGAGGAACGUUUGGGAUCAGCCACAGCCAAGCUUUCGGAAGCAUCUCAAGCUGCCGAUGAGAGCGAACGCGCUCGUAAGAUCCUUGAGAACCGCGCCCUUGCCGAUGAAGAACGCAUGGACGCACUUGAGAAUCAAUUGAAGGAAGCUCGUUUCCUUGCUGAGGAGGCUGACAAGAAAUACGAUGAGGUUGCCCGUAAAUUGGCCAUGGUUGAAGCUGAUUUGGAACGUGCCGAGGAACGCGCCGAGCAAGGAGAGAACAAAAUUGUGGAACUUGAGGAAGAACUCCGCGUUGUCGGUAACAACUUGAAAUCCCUUGAAGUUUCAGAAGAGAAGGCCAACCAACGCGAGGAAGAAUACAAGAACCAAAUCAAGACCCUGAACACCCGUCUAAAGGAGGCUGAAGCCCGUGCUGAAUUCGCUGAACGUUCCGUUCAAAAGUUGCAGAAGGAAGUCGACAGGCUCGAAGAUGAUCUUAUUGUUGAGAAGGAACGUUAUUGCCUUAUUGGCGACAGUCUUGACCUGGCCUUCCUGGAUCUGAUACCCGGACUUGAACCAUUCUGGACGCCACGCAAUCCCAAACCGCCAACACCUAAAUUGCCAACGCCCACUCCUGAGGAAAUUGCCGCUGCAGAAGCUGCCAAAGCUGAGGCGGAAGCAGCAGCGGCUGCAGAGGCGGAAGCAGCCGCAGCAGCAGAAGCUGCCGCAGCCGAGGGUGGAGAGGCUGUCGUCAGAAGACCUUCAGGCGCACCACCAGGCGAAGCUGCGGCCGCGGCCGCUGAGCCUGAGCCAGUCAAGGAACCAACACCACCACCGCCACCACCACCACCAUUUGAAUACUCCAUUGAUUUGCCACCAGAGGGCGCUGAGGUGCCAUUCGUCAAGAACUACGAAGGACCACCACCUGGCGCGGAACCAGCAGAAGGCGAAGCUGCAGCACCAGCUGAAGGCGCACCGCCAGCGGAAGGCGCACCAGCAGCUGCCCCGCCGGUUGAGGGAGCUCCGGCUGCUGCCGCACCUGCAGAAGGUGCUCCAGCUGCCGCAGCAGCACCAGCCGAAGGUGCACCCGCAGAGGCAGCCGCGGCUCCACCAGCAGAAGCUGGCACACCGGCGCCUGCUCCGGAAGCGGCUGCCCCACCAGCUGCUGAGGGCGCGCCAGCAGCAGAAGCCGCACCUGCUGCCGCAGAGGCUGCUCCAGCUACCGAAGCUGCACCUGUCGCCGCAGAGGCUGCUCCAGCUGCAGAGGCUGCCCCAGAACCCGCGCCAACAGCUUAAUUUAGGUGGUGAAUCGCUGUCUCAAAAAAGUAAAAUUUAUGUAAAAAUUUAAUAUGCCAGCACCUGGAGUGCAAAGACAACCUCUUCUUAGGGCGCGACAAUCACAUACGCGCAUAGGCAAUAAACACAGCCGCUAUGAAAGCUGCCAGUUUUAUUUAGUUGUUUGCAUGAACACGUUUAUUUUAGAGGAUCCACAGUAAAAUAUACUAGGGCUGUUCAGGAUAUUGUGGAAAUAGUCUUGAACCAUGGCAACCGUGAACAGCCCUAUUGUUUUAAAACCUAUUUAAUUUAAACCAAUGCAUUUGUUAUGUUUAUUUUCCUCUUUAUUUAAUAUUGAAAAUAAAAAAUCUAUAAAAAAUUAAAAAUGCUAUUCGGAAAUAAAUUGCCUGCCUAUUGGCGGCGGCUGUAUUGUGAGGAAGUUUUUACUUUUCGCUAAUAGCAGCUUGCCAGCUUAUUUUGUAUUUGCUUUUUAUGAGAAAACAAACGCUCUUUAAAUAAUAAACCGCAAAGCGACACGGCUGCUGCACUAACAACGACAAGAAGCCAAUGCGAAUGUAUGAAGCCGCUUUUGAACCUUCCGCCGUCUAAUGAAGCAAGAAAAGGUAAACUUUAUUUUUAAUUAAUGUAUUUUAUUUUUUGUUUUUGUGCUUUUAAUUUUGUUUUCCAUUACGUGAAUACAAUUUAAUUUUUAUCUGUUAUCGAACACUAUGAUUGAUUUAUUUUUAAGACGAAACAAUGGAUUUCUGAGAAAAAUCGUAUUAAGUAAAAUGCAAUUUUUUUCUUUUGACUCGAAAUAAAUUAACUUAAUUAUAUUUAUUCUUGAACCUUCGAAUUUAUUAUUUAAUAUGAUUUCCAGAAACUAACACUCACUACACCCACUAGAAACCGAC